CCCCCGCUUCUUGCGGCAUCAAGAUCUGGCCCAGGGGCCAGCAGCCUCCCUGCGAAGCAGCCUUGGCCGGGGGCUUUCGGUGGCGGGUUUUUGGCCGGGCGGUUCCGGCCCACGCGGGGCCGCGGCCUCGUGGCGAGAGAGCCCCUCGCACGCGUGUUUCCGUUCCUCGGGCGCGCUGACAGCGGGACGCCCGGCCGGACACGGGAGCAAAGGCUUCCGAGCGGCGCCGGCGCCGUGCGCGGCCUUUGGCCACCGGCAGGGCCCGGGCGUUUUCGGGGCGAGGCGCCGCUCCAAAGUUUUUUUGCGGGCGAAACCGGCGCAAUCUCCCGGCUGCAAAAAAAGCAACGUUGCUCCUUUCUCCUCCGUUCCCAAGUCCUGUGUUUUCCCCCCUCCCCGCCUCUCUCUGCGCUGGCUUCCAGCUUUGCGCCAGAAAAACCGCAUGGAAAAAACCCAACAACUCGGCUGAUUUAUUUCGCUUCUCUUCAUGUGACUUCUAUUAAACUCAAACCCGGAGCCGAUUGCAAAAGAAGAAAUUCGUGUCCUAGUGCAAACAAGGGCCGGCGAGGGCCUAGCAGGGUACGCGGCUGCACCUCUGCGAAGCCGGGCGGGAGGCUGGCUUUUUGCAGCCGUGCGAGAUUGCAAAGAGACUCCUAGUUGCACGCGGCCGAGGCUUGUGCAAAAUCGCCCCUUGGCUCCGACGUGGCCAGGCGACCUGCACACGGACCGGCCGUGAAAUCGUGGAGAAGCGGGUGCAGGCUGCUCGGCAGGGACUUCGCACACGUGCGGGACGGGAGAGGAACCAGCGGCGGGUUUGCCACUGCGCCUCCUGCAGGCCCAAUCUGGGGGGGCGAAUGCACUAACCCUCUGCCCCCCGGAGUGGGUCCUACCGCUGCUGCAAAAACUUGGGGGAGGCGCCCUUAAAAGCCAGGAGAGGAAUGAACUCCGGGGAAGGAGACGAUCCGGGCGCAGAGGGGCUGUGAAACCCUGGGCACCCCCGAAGCUCGGCCCCCCGAAGCGGGCGAGCCGGGUUGGCGUUGCAAACAGGGCGGCCUUAACUCUGCCCUUCCGCUGAGUUGGCGCGCCAUGGAGGAGACGGCCGCCGCGGGCCACCCGCCCAUGGCUGACGUCCGUCUGUGCGGGCACCUGCGGAAGCAGACGUCGCAGCGGCGCCGGUUUUUCGUGCUGCGGGCGCCCAGCGAGCGGGGACCCGCCCGCCUGGAGUACUACGAGAGCGAGAAGAAAUUCGGGGCCGGCGGCACCCGCCCGAAACGCAGCGUCCCCCUGGCCAGCGCCCUGAACAUCAACAAGCGGGCGGACGCCCGGCACCGGCACCUCAUCGUGCUGUACGGCCGGGACGGCACCUUUGGGCUGGCGGCCGAGAGCGCGGAGCAGCAGGAGGCCUGGUACGGCGCCAUGAUGGAGCUACGCGCCACGGGCCUGUCGCAGCCGGGGAGCGGGCCGGCGGCGCCCUUCCGGGAGGUCUGGCAGGUCAGCCUGCGCCCCAAGGGGCUGGGGCAGGCCAGGAACCUGGUGGGCGUGCACCGGCUGUGCCUGGCAGAGAGCACGGUGGAGCUGGUGCAGCUCCGGGCCCCGGCCCCCUGCCUGGUGCUGCAGCUGCUGAGCGUCCGGCGCUGCGGCCACUCGGAGAACUACUUCUUCCUGGAGGUGGGGCGCUCGGCCGCCACGGGCCCCGGCGAGCUGUGGAUGCAGGUGGAGGACCUGGUGGUGGCCCGGCACAUCCACGAGACCAUCCUGGAGGCCAUGAAGCGGCUGAGCGAGGAGUGCCGGGUGCGAGGCCGCGGCCAGGCCUCCGCCCCCAUCUCGGUGCCGGCCCGGCGCCUGCCCCCAGCCCAGCCGCCAGGCUCCAGGCGCCGCCGGCCCGGGGACUACGCCCUGGCGUCGUCGGACGAGGGCGGCUCCUCCAGCCCCGGGGAGGGGCGCCCGGCUGGCAGCCCGGAGCCGGCGGGCUCCCCGGAGGGGCGGCCGGCGCUGCCCCCCUGGGCCGGGCGGAGGAAGCCGGGGUGGUGCCCGGGAGCCGGCUACAUGGCCAUGCUGCCGGGGGCGGGCGUGGGGCAGCCAGAUUACGUGCCCAUGAGCCCCGGCGGCGGCUCCCCACCCCGGGGCGAAGCCGCCGGCUACAUGCUGAUGUCGCCCAGCGGGAGCUGGGCGCCCGAGUACGUGAACAUGUCGCCGCUGUGGCGCUCGGCCGGCAGCCCCCUGCCCGGCGCGGCCCCCUGCCCCUUCCGCUCCCUGCCGCGCUCCUACAAGCACGGGGCCCGCCUGGCCGUGCCCGGGCGCCUCUCCUCCUGCUCCUCCUCCACCAGCAGCGAGAGCCUGGAGGAGCCGGUGCCGCCGAGCCCCGGGGAGUACGUCAGCAUCCAAUACCGGCCCAGCCCGGGCCAGCCGGCGAGGGCGGAGCGGGGCCCCCCGGCCUGGGAGGAGCCGGGACUCAACUACGUCGCCCUGGACCUGGCCCGGGGAGCCGGCGGCCCGGACGGGCGGCCCCGGGCGGCCGGCGGCCCCAGCCCCCAGGCCUACGCCAGCAUCGACUUCCACCGCUCCCAGGAGCUGCAGGGCCGCCGGGGCGGAAGGGACGGGCCAGAGUGCUGACCCCUUUGCUGUCCGUGCGGCCUGGUGACUUUGGGGCUGCCCUGGCUCAGGACCAACGCUCCACCCCAGAGCUGGUCGCAUCGAGACGCCUGCUGCCUGAUACCUCCACAGACGACGCACCUCGGUUUCCUCCCGAUGGACCGUGAACCCCUUUAAGUGCCUUUGUUUUGGGGGCGCGGCUCUCGGGGUGUGUGUGGAGAACAAGCCAAAGAUAGACUCACAUUUGGGGGGGGCUGGUGCCUUGCGCUCUGGGUGUCCUUUGGAUCUGCUGGGGGGACACCGCAGAACCUGACCAUGGGCUUGAGGUUUCAGGGUCACCCCCAGUUUUGGGGGAUCCCUCUGCACCGAAGCCAAUUCUUUACUCCUCUUUUUUUGGGGGGGGCAUCUCCCCAGCUUCCCACCCCUUGGGAUGGAGACUUUUCAGGGGGGCUGAUUCCUUAUUUGCAGGGUUCACCCCCCUCUGUUGGGGUCACCCCCUUUGACCCCAUCAACCCUCUGGUGCCUUCAUGCCGCCCCACCUGUGUUUUUGGGGUACGCCCCAAAGGCUGCCCCCCUCUGCGCCCUGUUUUCUUCCCCCCGCUCCAGCCUUGGGGGGAAUAUUUUGUCCUCUCGCAUAUCCAAAGUGCACCCUGCAGCUGGGGGCGUUGUGGGGGGGCCCUUGCCGCCCCCCACGCCGGUCUUAGGUUCGACGCCUUUCGCAAGCAUUGGGGGUUCGCUCUGUGCUUCUGAAUUGCACCUGGUUGGGUUUUGGGGGUUUUUUUGCACUAGCUUUAAAAUGUUUCGUUUGAAACCAGGUAAUUUAUAGCUCCAGCGCUGCGGCCUUAAAUCCUCCCGGCUUUUGCCAGCUGGGCUGGCCGGGAAGGGAGAUUGUAACUCCCCUCUCGGAAGGGCUCCCCGUGGCGGGGCCGGGCGGUCGCUUGGCGGGAUUUGGCGCUUGGCUGCAGAAUCGGGAGCUCGCGUUUGGCGGGUCCCUCGUUUGCAAGAUUGGAGCUGCAGAAAUGGGGGGUUAUAAUAAAGCCUUUGUGUCAAAUGGGCUUUAUGGGCAA